GAUUCAUGGCAGUGACAAAAUUUUACCUAGACCCAAAAUGUAUAUGUGAAUGAAUUUUAUGAACUUGGACAUAUACUUGAACCAUCAUCCCUCUAUAAGUACCAAACCUCCAAAUCCUACCUUCCUCAGACAAACAAUUGAAAUUAUCUCUUUAUUAGACUGAUAAUCUCUCUGGUUCAGUACUAAUUAAUAGUUCUUUUGAAAAAUGGCAGAAACAAGUAAGAUAUUGAUCAUUGGAGGAACUGGACACAUUGGAAAAUUCAUUGUAGAAGCAAGUCUGAAGUCUGGAAAUCCGACAUUCCUUCUAGUAAGAGAAGCCACAGUUUCUGAUCCAGUUAAAGGAAAAUUAAUUGAGAGCUUCAAGAACGCGGGCGCCACGGCGCUCUACGGAGAUCUUUAUGAUCAUAGAAGUUUGGUGACUGCAAUCAAACAGGUCGAUGUGGUGAUCUCAACCGUCGGUUAUGGGCAGGUAGUGGAUCAAGUUAAGAUAGUUGAUGCCAUUAAAGAAGCCGGGAGCAUCAAGAGAUUUUUUCCUUCCGAAUUUGGAAAUGAUGUGGAUCGCUCCCGAGCAGUAGAGCCGGCUAAGAGUGCAUUUGAAGAGAAGGCUCGUGUUCGUCGAGUAAUUGAAGCUGAAGGGAUUCCGUACACAUACCUCAUUUCCAACUGCUUUGCUGGUUAUUUUCUCCCAAAUUUCUUACAGUCUGGAGCAACGACUCCCCCAAAAGACAAAGUCACUAUUUUGGGUCAUGGAAAUCCCAAAGCUGUUUUCAACAAGGAAAAAGACAUAGCAACAUAUACGAUUAAAGCUGUGAAUGAUCCAAGAACCCUGAACAAAAUUCUAUACAUUAGGCCACCAGCUAACACUCUCUCAUUCAAUGACCUAGUAUCUUUGUGGGAGAAAAAAAUUGGUAAAACCAUUGAAAAGGAAUAUGUAACAGAUGAGCAAGUUCUGAAAAACAUCCAAGAUGCCCCUAUUCAACUCCAAUACAUAUUAUCGAUUGUACACUCGAUUUUCGUGAAAGGGGAUCAAACUUUCUUUGAAAUUGAACCUUCAUUCGGAGUUGAAGCUUCGGAACUUUAUCCAAAUGUUAAGUACACCACUGUGGAUGAAUACCUUGAUCAAUUUGUCUGAAAGAGUGCUUUACCUUUAUCUAAUGUUUGUGCUUGGGAUGUCGUGAGGGUGAAUUAGAUAUGCUUUAUUUCUACGUGUGUAUCAAUAAAAUCUUUGUGGUACAGUAUGAACUUUUAAUAUGUAUCGGAAGAAUCUGUAUAAGAGAAUGUAUUACCUUCAUCUACGAAUUGUAAUCAUGUUUGUGCACAGGAUGUCGUGAGCGUGAACUAGAUUUUACUUUGUUUUCGUGUGCGUACUAAUAUAAUAUUUGUGGUACAGUCUGAGUAUUGGAAACUUUUUAGUACAAGGUUACUCAAAA